AUGCAACAAGAACGAAGACGACGGCGACAACGACAACAACAGCAGGAGCUGAGGCAACAAAUGAGACGACAAACUGAUCGAAUUCAACGGUUAUUUUUUUUCACAGGUGACAUAUUGCCCUCAUCUAAUUACUUCGUCACCGAAGACAGUCGUCUCAUUAGGAAACUCUCACAGCCCAGUGCAACAAGCUCCGGAGCGAAACAUAAUAAACGCUUACUGUCCGCAUCACACUCCGUUGAUAGCAAAACUGUUGCCAUUGGCGAGAGCAUCAUCAGCAUGCUCAUCAAAUUGCAUGCCAAGUUUUCUAAAAACCCUUACAAACCCAAUCCCGAUGGCGCCGCAGUGGACAGUCGCAUCGGUGAUGGAGCAUUCUUCAUAACCAAAGUGUUGGACAAGAUUAGCAGGAACGAGAAAUGUAUGCAGUACAUCAAAACUUUGGUGACUUCUGAUGAGGACAUCCUUGGGGAACCUAAAAAAGUUCCCAUCGAGGAAGACAGACGUUUGAAAGCAAAACAAAGGCAAGAAAAACUGUUGAAUUAUUUUGCAUCAAAGCAACAAAAAUUUCUUCUUGGGAAUGAUUUCAUAGAAGAUGCCAUGGAAGACGACGAUAAAACACAUGACAACCUGCUGAGAGAUAAUGACUUCAUGAACCGCGUGUACGAUUGCUGCAUCUGCAAUCUCUCCACAGUGACCAGCAACAACAGGCCUGUCUGCCUCAUAGCUGCUGCCACUCCUUCAUACGUUUUGGAGCAUAGAACGAUGGUGAGUCCUGCAUCGAUGGAAGCAGACGAUGAUGUGAUGCAAAAGGAUUCAGCAUCACCUUAUCCUCAAGCAUCACUUGCUUCAUCACCACUACCAGCCGAUUUAUUAUCAGCCUCACCUCGGUCCAGCGUUCAUUUAAAAACAUCGUCACACUCGUUGUUGUCGUGCAAGUCAACUACUUCUCUAGUCGUCAAUAACGAGCAAGCAAAUUCAAUGAAGUAUGGUUACUGCAGCAGCGUGUUUAGACAGCUGGUUGACAAGUAUAAGCUCAAUGAUUAUCUGGUGUAUGAGACACCAUCGUACUAUCCCUGGUACAGAAGUUUGAACAUCCAAUCAUGUGGACACUACCUUCAUUAUGAUUGUGGCUUGUCAUACAUUAAAUCACUUCAAGAUAGGAACCAAAGCAGUUUUAACUUGGCAAUUUCUGCGAAUGGUGAUUUUGUUUGUCCAAUGUGUCGUCAAGUUUCCAACAUAAUUCUUCCUCUCACCGUUCCUAACCCCCUGCCGUCCUCUGCCGUUGAAGACACCACCCAUAAAAUCAGAGAGUUAUUAGCGGUCAGCACAAUGGAAACGCCAGUUUGUUUAUCAGUUAUUUGUACUUGCUAA